AUGCGGAUAUUGGAAGUGGGCAUUCUUGCCAUGUCAAUCUUAUGCUUCGUCGACGCUCAUGGAAACUUAUCCAACGCCGACCUAGAGGCGCUUCUUCACCCCGACGGUGAUACCAACAUUCAAACGAUCCUUGCGCCUCUCCUCCGGCCUCGAGUUCCAGGAACACCCGGCUCAGAGUUAGUACGAAACUAUAUCAUCCAAUUUUUCAACUCAGCUCUUCCACUGUGGACGACAGAGCUGCAGGUAUCGUCAUCCAAGACCCCCGUCUCCGGAAGCCAAAGGAUCCCAUUCGUGAAUAUCAUUGCCUAUCGUAGUCCUCCAGGAUUAAAUGAAACCGACGUUGGUUGGCUCACACUAGUCGCACACUACGACAGCUUGAAAGACCCGGAAGGAUUCAUCGGCGCAAUCGAUAGCGCAGCUCCGUGCAGUAUCAUCAUGAGCGCAGUGCGCAGCAUUGACGCAGCCUUGACUCGCAAAUGGGAUAAUAUGUCCUCCAUUCCAGGUGGUACCCACGAACAAUAUGGCAUACAAGUCAUUUUCACGGACGGUGAGGAGAGCUUCGGCAAUACGUUGACCGCAAACGACGGGCUCUACGGAUCUCGGUCCUUAGCUGCGCAUUGGGCGGUGGAUAAGUAUCCCUCCACUGCGAAGUAUGAGACUCGACUUUCCUCGAUCUCUCUACUUGUGCUAUUGGACCUUCUGGGAGCCAAGAAUCCGCAGAUCGCGUCCUACUACCCCGUCACUCACUUUGACUAUCAGCGACUAGCGGCAUUGGAAAGCCGUCUGAGAGAGUUGGGACAAUUAAAGUCAUCCGGGAUACACGGCAAGUCUUGGUUUGUUGAUCGCACGACCGAUGUUCGAAGUCUUAAGCGCCAACCUGUCGAGGAUGACCAGGUUCCAUUCUCUGGCCUAGGGGUCAAGGUAUUGCAUGUCAUUGACGCUGACCCUACUACGGGGGAGUUUCCUAGUGUUUGGCACACACCAGACGAUGAUGAAAACCAUUUGGAUUUUGACACUAUCCGAGACUGGAGCCUCCUGAUAACAGCUUUCGCGGCGGAGUGGCUAGGGCUGCAGGGGUUUAUGGAUAACUAG